AUGCAGCGCCGGAUGGAACAGCUCGUGGCAGCCCAGAUGAAUGACAUGGCCCUGUCCGUGUCGACCCUGGAGAUUUUCGCGGAUCGGCAGCCGGUGGAGUUCGGGAUGACGGCCGUGGUGGAGCUCUGGCUGGGACCUAACCAGCCCCUCCAAUCGAAAGCCACGAAAGUGCCUGCUGACAAGAGCCAGUUUUCCAUCGGAAAGCUGGCAUGGAUGGGCGGUGGCGCCGAUGAGUCUUUGUCAGGAGGGCGGUGGCUCACAGCUGACGGCGCUGCCGAGGCCUCGAAGCUGCUCCCGGAGUGGAGCUUGCGAGUCCACACGCCCACGCAGGGGCUCAGAGCCCUCAAGGAAGCCAUCGCCAAGUUGACCGGCGCCCUGAAAAAGGAAGACAUCCAGGUCGAACUCUCCACAGCAGGCUCGGUGGCGGUGACGCAGCCGGAGCGGCCACAGGGGGAGGUGUGCUGCCUCUUCUGGCUCCCUGCUGCCGACACGACCGACGAGCUUCGACAGCGUGUUGAGCAGCUGGAUGCGAAAGCCUUCACCCAGCAGUUUGCAGCGAACAUGCUUGAUGUUGGCCUCGAUGUGGAUGCGAGUCACCUGAGCAUCCUGGAGCCAUUUCAAGCAUCGACAGCAUCGGACCCCGAAACUGGCGCAGCGCUGAUUCGCGGCAGUUUCAAGUUCGCCGUGCGGCAGCAGGAGAGGUAUCACGACGACUUCAUCAUCCCCGUGGACCUACCAGACGAGAUCGACGAUGCCGCCCCUAGCGACCGCGAGAUAAAGCAGCUCUUCGCCGAGGUGGACGACUUGAUCCACAGUCAGGCCUUGGCAGCCGCACUGGGAAGUCAGAAGGGCCCGGCGAUGGGAGAACGCCUGGAGCGUGCCACCUGCGCCUUAGCAGCAGCCCUUCGUGCUGAUCUUGCCAAUGCCAUGAAGGAAGGCACGGAAACCGCCCUGAAGGACGCCUUGGGCCGGUUGCAGGACGUCUCCUUGCCGGAGGCCAUGUCGGCGAGAAGGCAGCUCUGCGACCUGCAGCUUGCGCGUUGUGUGGAGAGUAAGAACAUCUCCGAGCUCACCAUGGUCCUCCGAGAGGCCGAAGCUCUGGGAGCAGACGAGAUGACGCAGUAUGCAGCAGCGAAGAGGAUGCUUGGGCAGCUGCGUGUGCGUCGCUUGCAGGAGCAGUCUCUGGAAGUCUUGCGCAGCGGAGCGAAGGACCUGGAGUCCAUGGUGGCGGUGAUCAGUGUGGCACUGCGACGAGAUUGGGAAGAGGUCCUGACCGAAGGCCGCCGGCUGGCCAAGGCGAUGAUCGAUGGCGCAAAAGAAGCAGGCGAUUCCACGAAGAUCGCCCAGAUCUGGCGUCUUGCGGACAAGGAAGGGCUGCGUGUCAUUGCGGCCCAUGUGUCGACUGCGUGGGAGGAACAGGUGCAAACCGCUAGACGGUCAGAAAACUGGCUCCAGCUCGCCGGUCUCUACAGGGCUGCAGCCAACGAAGGCUGCGACGGAUUCCGCAAGGAGGUCCUGGAAGCGCUGCAGGCACGUCUCAAAGAGUUCGAGCCUGAGUGGGACAAAGCCACGGACAAGGCAAAGAAGAUUCUCAAGGACUUCAAAGUCACCGGCGCGGAAGAUGACGAGGUGAAAGCCGUCUUCAAAGAAGUCCUCGGCCGCUGGAAAGAGCGAGAGUUGAUGGGCCGGGCAGAGGCCUGGAUUCACGGGUGGAAACUGUCCUCGGUUCCUCCGAGAAAGCAGCUUGGACACCACAUCUGCGUGGAGGGAGUGGUAAUGCUGGAUGAAUCAGAUGUAUGCUUCGUCACGGUUAUAUAUGUGCAAAUUACGCGGCAGCUGGUUGCUCGGAUUCGCCGCUUUGUCAGUCACUUCAUGGCAUCCCUGGAACGUCGAGCCACUUCUAAAGACUCCUGCAAGAUUCACGAGUUAUGA